AUGCCCGCUGAUGACCCAUUCUCCUUUCUGCCGGAGCAGCCUCAACCACAAGCCAAACCCAAGAAGCGCGAUUGGCGUGAGAAGCUCUUCUCCAAGGAUAAGAGCAAAGCUGCAGCGCAGACAAACAGAGAGAUCGCAGACUUCUUGAGCACCUCACGGGCCCCAGAGCCAGCCCCGGCACCCCCGCCAAACGACCCGAGAUACGUCCCUCCGCAGAACAACUACGUUCCCCCAGACCUUUCGGGCUACCAGUCGAAGCCAGCCGCCGCACCUGCACCGACGGGACCAUCUUAUGAGAAUUACACCACUGCUGAGUUCUCCGACCGCCAGCAUGCACCUCCCCCUGCCCCCGCCCCUGCCAAGCCUCAUGGUCGCAAAGGCAAAGGGCUGCGAGUGGGCUUCAGCAACCGGACGCCGGACGUGAUCGGAGAAGGAGGGGACGAGUCAGAGCAACCUACGAUUGAGAUUUCGUGGACUCUCCGGAAACCACAGGGCGGAAACCAGCUGGGCAGCCUCUCACAAAACCCAUCGCGAACGCACUUGCCGGACCUGCGACUCGACACAUCGCUGGGCGAUGGCGAAUCGCGCCCUCGGCGAGCGGGCUCUUCGCCUCGCCUCGAUGACUGGAAACCGCCGCUCAUGCAAAAUAUGCAGGACUCGGACUUCCUGCGGACCCUGCCUCUGAGCGAAAGCGGCUCCAGGCUGUCCUUCCGCGGCGAUAGCGAAGAGAGCGCGUUCGCGCAGCGAGUGCGCGAUAAGAUGCAGGCAGAGGAAGGGCGUGCCCUGCAUCAUCGUUAUGAUGAGGAUACAUCGUCUCCAGGUGUUGACGAUGAAGACCUAUCCACUCCCCCCAGCCCACCCAGCCCUGAACCGCCUUUGAAAGGCCAUCACGACCUUCACGAUUCCGAAUCUACCUACGACACAGCCCCAACGUCAGCCACGUCUCAUGCGCCAUCAGCCUCUCUAUCAAUGAUGUCCAUUGUAGACUCGAUUCGGAACCCACCUAGCCCCGCAGUACACCGUGCGCCCGCGCCCGCGCCGGCAAGCCUCAGUCCCAUCGACCCCCGAAUGCCACCAAACCUCAUCCCUGGUAGCCCCGGCAAGGUUUCCCCCACGCUCACCAAACCCCCUCCUCAAAUCCUGCCAGAUCCAACUCAUGUCGCGCCCCCCAGCGGCAAGGCCCAAGAGCCUCCUAAGGAGGCUGCUCGUAGCUCCCAACCCAAGUUCUCUAUCCGCAACAUCGCCAAUCAGGUUGGUGACACCGCAUUUGCCGAGUUUAAGGAAUAUACUGGUCGCUACGAGAGCAUGAUCCAGCUCGCAGCGGAGAGUGUGAAGCCAUUGAUGGAGACCUCGCUCAGCGAAUGGGUUCGCGCUGCGGUAUGGUGGUUCCUUCGAGGAAAGACCCGCCUGGAAGUCUACGCUCGUUCCCGUGCAACCCUGCCACCGAGCUUUGCGAAACAGGCGGUAAUCGAUCUUGGAAAGGCAUUGUGGAUCACCGAAAACAUCGUGCCCAGCCAUUCAGAACUCACACGCUACGGCUCCAUGAGUAUCGACUCUUUGAUUGCCGUUGCAAGCACCACAGGAGACAAAAGUCUGGCAGACCACUUGAGCAUGCAUCAAACCGCCCUUAACCACCUCCGCUCGCUGUCUAUGUCCAUCAAACGCAAUAACAUCCUCGCUUCGGUUGUUUCAGACGAAGGCUCUCCUACCCAGCUAGACACCACGAUCUGGCUGCGUUACCCCUUCUACGCCCCCGAUGUAUCGGCAGUUCUAUCUGGCGCCGCAACAAGGUCAAUGCUUGCCGACACCACAGCCAAGACGCCAAGCCUAGUGAACAUGAUGCCACUAAGUGAUACUGGUCGCUACUUCAGCUAUGGUACCUUGUUCGUGCAGGUCUGCGUUAGUUCUAGCGAUGACGACGGACAGCAACAAUAUGCCAUGCCGUGCGCACUGACCAUUGUCCGAGAACGAUCGGAUUGGUAUGUUUGCGCGGCUAUCACCAGUCAAAGUCAACUAGUGAACAUUAUGAUUCAAUCCGACCGCAAACAAGGUCCCACGUGGGAUGAUGUGGAAUGGCAAGUCCGAUCCAACUCUAUGCGGGCCAAACUUCCAAGAGGGUUCGAGCUGGAUGUUAUGUUCAAAGAAGAAGACUUCAAGACUCUCUGGAACAUCGUCAAGUACACCAAAAAAUCGGAGGACAGCCUCCAUCCGGAGGCAGGGGAGACGGUUGUUUUCGAGAAUACAGUGAAGUCCUUCCAAUACAUGGAUCCAGGUACUCCGAAAGCGUUCCCUCCCGACCCCGUGGAGCGCUGUCGCGUGCGCUUGUUCGAGCGCUCUGUGACCAUCACCGAAGGAACGGGCACUCGCAAUGCGCAUCGUGGAUUCCGUAUGGCUGUCCUGACUAGCCCUAGGGUGAAGACCCUAAGCAGUAUUCGCCACACUCUGGGGAAUGGGUCCCCAGUGGUGUUUGGUCUUUUACGGGGUGAAAACGGUGCCCCUGCCCUCCUCCUCAAGGUGACCGAAGAUGGCCGCACUAGGUCAAUGCUGAUGACUUUCCAUGAAGUCGAGGAGCGUGCCGAAUUACAUUCUGUAUUACUCGGCAUGCUACCACGCAAUGGUGAACUCAAGUCCCCUGAAAUUGCUCUUACAUCCUAUUGCAUUGAGCAGCCUGAAGAUCACUUCAGCGGCCGGCCCUCUGUCAAGCAUCUGGAGUUCCCUGCCGGGAGCGUAUGCGUCAUUGACCAGGAGCAUGCCUAUGUUGACCAUGGAUAUGGCCCAACAAUUCUUUCAGAAAACUUGAGGGCAUUUGUUGCCACUGAGUGGGGGUCUGUUACAGAUCGUAUCAACUUGGGGCCUGGUGAAUUGAAGGUUGGAUUGGACGUUAAGCGCCCAACCAGCAUGAGUUUGUUCCGUCCUGCGCAGCAGGAUUUGACUCUCUCACUUGCCGACAAUCUCGUCGCUCCCGAGCUGCCAGGAAAAAUGGCAGGACUUCUAGAAAAGAUUACAGCUAAGCCCAUGAUUCGCCGAUUCGACUUCCCGACUAUGCAGGAUCUUCAUGCGUUCGAGGCAGCAGUCACCGGUUUCAAGGUGCUUUACGACGGCAUGGCUUCAUCAUUCUCAAUCUCUCGUCGACGCAGCAUGGUCCCGAUCUACAAGAAAUGGGAAGCCUCUCUGGCUCGAGUUCAAAUCGUUCGACAGGAGAAGGUUGUCCAGCUGCUUGCUUUCUUUGGUGAAUUCCAGCAUGGUACAUGCAUGAACUUUGUGCUGAAGGGCACCGACAUCAUGGAGUCAUUCGGGCGGUCAGGUAAAUUUGGCAUUCGCAUGGUCGAUGCCAAAUUUGCCCUUCCAAGGAAGGAUGAAGACCCUGUCUCGAACUUCGUUUGUCUCGACAUGCCGGAGUAUCCCAUUGAACAUGACGACAUUGCUAUCACAUUCGAAACUGAGGCUGCCCGUGCUACUUUCAAGGCAGCUCUGCCUGGAUCAUCCCGGACGCCCGGCGGACCACCCGGCUCACGUGGUCUUGAUUACGCGAAACCCGAUUACGCGGGGUUCCCCUCACCGGGCCGUUGUCGGAGUAUCAUAUUUGAACCCGUUGUACAUUCGAACAUAGCAUACUCAACCAUGUCUUCUCAAGGCGCUUCCACGCGCUCUCUUCAUGCCGACGAUUCUCUUAAUGUCGUUACUGAUGUUUCUCCUCCCAUCCAUCUCUCCACCACAUUUCGUUACUCCAAUGAUCCCUCCAAGCUAGUCCCGGCCGCCGAUGCCACUUUCGACCCUGCCUCAACCUCCCAUAUUUACUCCCGCGUAUCCGCGCUCAAUUCAACCCGCUUUGAAAUGAUACUCUCCUCGCUGCUCAAUGGUCACGCCGUAAGCUAUUCUUCGGGUCUCUCAGCCCUACACGGAGCCCUGACGCUCCUCAAUCCGCGCAACAUAUCCGUUGGAGAGGGCUAUCACGGCUGUCACGGUGUCAUUGGCCUCUUCACCCGCAAUACAGGCCUGAAAAAGCUUCCCCUAGACUGUCCCGCGGAGUCACUCGAAAAGGGCGAUGUCAUCCUCCUGGAAACACCAGUCAACCCCCAUGGAACGGCCUUCGAUAUCGCAUCCUUCGCCGCAAAGGCUCACUCGCGAGGCGCGAUCCUCAUAGUUGACUCCACCUUCGCCCCGCCAGGCUUACAAGAACCCUUUGAUUUCGGCGCGGACAUCAUCAUGCACUCCGGCACCAAGUAUUUCGGCGGCCACUCCGAUCUCCUCUCCGGAGUCCUGGCAACCAAGAAUGAAGAGUGGGCCACACAACUCAAGAUAGACCGUCUCUACAUCGGCUCAGUCAUGGGCAACCUGGAAUCCUGGCUCGGCGUCCGCAGUCUCCGCACCCUCGAAGUCCGUCUCCAGCGUCAAAGUGAGAAUGCAAGCAAAUUGGUAUCGUGGCUGGACACAUCCUUGCGCGCGACAAACCCAAGCCCGGGCUCGGACGAAUCUGCCGUGCAGGCCGUUCUUGGGAGCAUUUCCCAUGCCUCGCUGCAGGAUGGAGGGGAUUGGCUGAAGAAGCAGAUGCCGAAUGGGUUCGGGCCUGUUUUCUCCAUCAAUAUGAAGGAGGAGAAAUUUGCCAGGACAUUGCCUAGUCUGCUGCAUUUCUUCCAGCAUGCUACUAGUCUUGGAGGCGUGGAGACUCUUAUCGAGUGGAGAACUAUGUCGGAUACUACGGUUGAACGGACGUUGUUGAGAAUUAGCGUUGGAUUGGAGAACUGGGAGGAUCUUAGAAGUGAUCUGCUGGACGCGUUCAAGGAACUCGCAAAGUGA